AGGCUCAUCCCCGGGUGAUGAACUCGAGAGGCAGGAAAGCGCGUGCUUUUUUAAAAAAAACAGAAUUAAAUUGCACAAUAUCCCAGAAACAUCUCAGCAAUGGGGGGAGGGAAUUCCUCCCUCCGGUUUGCUGAGGUUGUCGAGAGGCGAGCUCCGAAAAGUUCCGCUUUAUGGCUGCGCGAGGAAGCGUUUUCGCCGCGCUGCGUUGCGCAAGGAUGCCCGCUCAGAACUUUGCGCGCCUAUGAACUUCAGCAAUCGUCUCUCGCUGCUCCGGGCAAACCACGACCCGGACUUUUGCAAGGCGGGAAACCGAGUUCAUCUGAAUAGCUUCCCCAGUUGAAAAACCAAAACCAAAAACUUUUUGUGUGAGGAAGUUUUAUGUAUGGGGCUGGGAGGAGGAGGAGGAUUCUGUGGGGGUUGUAGAACGGAACUGUGAUGGAUGCGAGCGGAAUUCGCUUUUUCCUGGAAAAGAACAGCAUUGGGUUUGUGAGGGGAAUUCGGCUCGCUUCGGUUUCUUAGAGGUUGGACUUGCGCUCUCUGAAGGCAGAGAGAGAGAGAGAGAGAGAGACUUCCUGCUCUCUGCGCGAGAUAACUUUCUGCAGGUGUGUGGGAGGAAGCGAGAGAGACCUCGGUGGCCUCUCCUUUUUCUCUCUCUUUCCAAAAGGGCGUCGGACUGAGCUGCGAAGAGAAGCAACUCGGAGGAGGCGGCUGCAGAAGAAAGCGAGGGACUGGUCGUGUCUGCGCGUGUCCUGGUUCUCUUCCACGAAGCUCGCGCGAGGAGGGAGAAGAGGCGUGUGUGUGUGCGCGCGCGGCGCCUCUGGCCUCCCAAUUAAAAGUUUUGUGACUUCAGGCGCUUUGUGACUUCACUCGCCUGCCAGGCUGCUCUCCGCUUCCGCGAGCCGGCGCGGCCUCUCUUGCCUCCAUGCCUGGCGGCGGGGAGAGGCAGCCGCUGAUCCCUAGGGGGCGCCGCUGGCGGUGGCAGCAGCAGCAGCACAGGAUGCCCUGCUGCACGCAAGGAGCGGCCUUCGUUCCGACGCUGCUGGUCGUCUGGUCUUCGGCCUCCUUCAUCAUCUCCUACGUGAUCGCUGUCCUCGAAGGCCACGUGGAGCCGCUGUUUCCGUACAUCAGUGAUACAGGAGCAAAACCUCCAGAAAGUGGUAUUUUUGGAUUUAUGAUUAACAUUUCCGCAUUCCUAGGUGCAGUUACGAUGUAUGCAAGAUACCUAAUUGUCAAGGAGCAAAAUGAAGUGACACGUUUCGUUUCCCCCUGUUUCAAUUUACUAUCACUCUUUGUUGGAUGGAUAGGUUGUGUUGGAAUGGGCAUCGUUGCAAGCUUUCAGGAGCUAGCAGUUCCUGCUGUCCACGAUGGAGGUGCUCUUUUAGCUUUUAUGUCUGGCGCUCUGUACAUUGUGCUUCAGACUGUAAUCUCUUACAAGUCGCAUCCACAAUGGAGCAGUUUGUGUGCAUGUCACACAAGGCUGUUCUUCUGUGUAAUGACUUGGGUAGCUAUCAUUCCCAUGAUUGCGUGUGCUUCACUAGUUUCCAUAACAAAGAUUGAGUGGAAUCCAGGUGAAAAGGAUUAUGUGUUUCAUUUUGUGAGUGCAAUCUGCGAAUGGGUAGUAGCCUUCAGUUUUGUUUUCUUCUUCUUAACUUUCAUCGGAGAUUUUCAGGGAGUUACAAUACGGAUAUCAACAGAGCUACAUGGAAACCUAUGACCACUUUUUAUAGUUUGAAUCAUAGAAGCUGGGGUCGAGGGCAUUAAAGAAACUGUUGGGGAGACUCCAGAACGGUAAAAUCUGGUGUGACGCAAGCCUGGUGGAUCAACGCUGCAAGUUUGCCUAAUCAUAGUCAAGGGAGAGACUAUUUUUACUUUUACUAAUAUCCCCAUGUGCCUCGUUUCCCCUUUUAACCUGUGUUCUAAAUCCUUUUUGUAUUUUUAAAUACUUCUUUCCAGUUUCAUUUUUAAAAAUGGGAAUGUCUGAAAAAUGUUAACUUCUGGGAAAAAAGGAGAGGAAGAGACGUCCCUCCUCGACAACUGUUGCCUUCUUUCUAUUUGUUGGAAGUCACGAUGGCCUCAAAAGUAAAACUCAGGCUGCAGUCUGGUGAACUCGGUCCCACUGGUGAACUUGGUGGGGCUUUCUUUCAACUGACUGUGCUUAAGAUUGUGUUUUAAAAUGCCUAGUAUUCAUUGUGGAUAGUAAUGUCUGCUUUUAUGUAUUAGGAAAUAAACUGGCCCUGAUCUAAAGAGA